GAAUGUGAGUGUGAAUGUUGUCUGUCUAUCUGUGUUGGCCCUGUGAUGAGGUGGCGACUUGUCCAGGGUGUACCCUGCCUUCCGCCCGAGUGCAGCUGGGAUAGGCUCCAGUACCCCUCGGGACCCUGAGAGGGACAAGCAGUAGAAAAUGGAUGGAUGAAUGGAUAUAUAUUACAAGUAUUUGUAAACAAAUGUAACAAUUUAAGACAAUGUAACAAUACCAACUAAACUAAAAAAUUGCCUUUAUUAUUCCAUUACAUAAAAAUAAAGUCAAUGGGUGAAGAGAGGGGCAGAGCUUUUAACCGAUCACCACAUGGUGGUGAGUCGGCUCCAAUGGUGGGGGAGGAUUCCAGACAGACCUGUAAGGCCCAAACGCACAACGAGGGUCUCCUGGGAACGUCUGGCAGAGUCUCCUGUCAGAGAAUUUUAAUUCCCACCUCCGGAAGAACUUGUUAUGAGGGAAGCGCUGGACAUUGAGUCCGAGAGGACCAUAUUACGUGCCUCUAUUGUUGAGGCAGUCGUUCAGAGCUGUGGCGGCUAGGUGUUCGGUGCCUGCCGUGGCGGUGAUUUCAGAACCCGUUGGUGUACACCAGCAGUUAGGGAUUCCGUCAAGAUGAAGGAGUCCUACCGGGUCCUUUUGGCUCAUGAGACUCCGGAGGCAACAGACAGGUACCGGCAGACCAAGUGGUGCGCUGCUUUGGUGGUAGCAGAGGCAAAAACUCGAACAUGGGAGGAGUUCGGAGAAGCCAUUCUGGACCACUAUCUACCGCCUCAGCUGGGGGAAACUGUGCACUUUCAAUACACUGUAUGAUAGGGAUGGUGUGCUAUUGACCUCGACUCGGGACGUUGUGAUACGGUGGGAAGAAUACUUUGAUGACCUCCAAAAAUCCCACCUACACAUCUUCCAAUGAGGAAGCAGUGCCUGGGGACUCUGUGGUGGGCUCUCCUAUUUCUGGGGCUGAGGUUGCUGAGGAAGUUAAGAAGUUCCUCGGUGGCAGGGCCCCGGGGAGGGAUGAGAUUUGCCUGGAGUUCCCUAAGGCUCUGGAUGCUGCGGGACUGUCUUCGGUGGCGGUGCCUCUGAAUUGGCAUGUGUUUUGUGGACUUGGAGAAUGCAUUUGACUGUGUUCCUCGGGAAGUCCUGUGGAGAGUGCUCAGAGUAUGGGCUAACCGACUGCCUGAUUAUGGUGAGGGUUGGACUCCGCCAUCGCUGCCCUUUGUCACCGGUUCUGUUUACAACUUUUAUGGACAGAAUUUAGGCUUAGUCAGGGCCUUGAGGGGAUCCGGGUAUGUGGCUACAGAAUUAGGUCUCUGUUUUUUUGCGAAUGGUGUAGUCCUGCUGGCUUCAUCUGGCCAGGAUUUUCAGCUCUCACUGGAUUGGUUCGCAGCGAGAGUGUGAAGCGACUGAGAUGAAAAUCAGCACUUCCAACAAGUCUGGGUCUGCGGUUCUGGCCCCGAAAAGGGUGGAGUGCCAUCUCCGGGUUGGGGAGGGGAUUCUGCCCCAGGUGGAGAAGUUCAAGUACCUCGGGGUCUUGUUUACGAGGGAAGGAACAUUGGUAUCUCCCAGGAUUUUAAAGGUUUCCUAAUUAGGCAUAAAAUGAUGAUUAAGACAUUAAUAGCCAUAUUCUUCAAUAUUUGCUGCAAAAGCAGGUGUCAGCAAGGUGAUUCCAAACAGUUUAUUUUGAGGCUGUGCAUGCUGGCUGUCCCAAUGACCGUCACCUACACGGCCAGAGUCGCCAACGCUCGCUUCUGUGGCUUCUCCAAGUUGCUUUUGGCAUGGAAAGGCAGCAUCUACAAGGUGUUAUACAAAGAGUUCCUGGCUUUCUUUGCCAUGUACACGGCCAUCAGCAUCACAUACAGAUUCUUUCUUCCUGAUGAUCAGAAGAGGUAUUUUGAGAAGCUGGCAAUUUAUUGCAACUACUAUGCAAGUCUCAUCCCCAUGUCUUUUGUACUAGGCUUCUACGUGACCUUGGUGGUAAACCGCUGGUGGAACCAGUACACCAGCAUCCCACUCCCCGACCGGCUCAUGUGUGUCCUCUCGGGGGGCCUCCAGGGCAGUGAUGAGCGGGGCCGGCUGCUCAGACGCACCAUGAUGCGCUACGCCAGUCUGUCGGCCCUGCUCAUCCUCAGAUCUGUCAGCACGGCGGUCUUCAAGCGCUUCCCCACCAUAGACCACGUGGUGGAGGCAGGGUUCAUGACCAGAGAGGAGCGCAAGAAGUUUGAAGGCCUUCACUCUCCGUAUAACAAAUACUGGAUCCCUUGUGUGUGGUUCACCAACCUGGCUGCUGUGGCCCGCUGUGAGGGCCGGAUCAAAGAUGAUCAUACGCUCAAGUUGCUACUGGAGGAGCUGAAUGGAUUCCGGGGAAAAUGCAGCAUGCUGUUUCACUAUGACAUGAUCAGCGUUCCUUUGGUCUACACUCAGGUGGCGACUUUGGCCGUGUAUAGUUUUUUCCUGGUGUGUCUAAUUGGUCGUCAGUUCCUGGAUCCUGAACAAGGUUAUCCAGGGCACGACCUGGACCUCUACGUGCCGAUCUUCACCUUACUGCAGUUCUUCUUUUACGCGGGCUGGCUCAAGGUUGCAGAGCAGCUGAUCAACCCUUUUGGAGAAGAUGACGACGACUUCGAAACAAAUUGGUUGAUUGACAGAAAUUUCCAGGUGUCCAUGAUGGCGGUGGAUGAGAUGUAUGGAGAUGUGCCAAUGAUUGAACGGGACCGCUACUGGAAUGACUCGAACCCCAGACCUCCCUACACAGCUGCAACCCUCUUUGUCCUUCGCAAACCCUCCUUUCAGGGCUCCACUUUCGACAUGGCGAUCCCCAAAGAGGAGAUGCACUUCCAGCCCCUGGAGGAGAUCGCUGAGAACAUGGAGGAGACAGUCAGCCGCCACCCCAACAUGGCUCUCUUCAACCGGCUCCUGAACGCGGCCCCCUCGCCCACCGGCCUCAUGGGCGGAGCCCUGCGACGCACCUCGGCCCAGCUGCAGCGUCUGCACCACUCCCCCAACACCGACCCGUGCAACAGCGACGACGACGACAGCGAGAGUUGCAAGAUCGGCAAAGGAGGGUCUUUGCCUUCUGGACUGGGUCAGGACACCCAGAGCACGAUUUGCAGUUUCAGGGAGGAGAAGAGCGCCAGAGUGCCUCUGCUGGACAUUGAUUUCCAUGGACAAGCAGCAGACACCACCAGGCAGGUGGAUCAGAGCAUCGGGGAAGAAAGCCACACCAGAGAGGAGGAAGAAGAGAAAACUGAGGUCAGUUUUCCCUCUGGAGAGACUCCACCGGACUCCGCCAUUCCCAUUACCCCCCAACAUCAUUCUGCUUUCCUAUUUCACCCGUCUUCCUCUCGUCUGGAGCACUGCAGCUCCCAGCCCAUCAUCAACCACCACAGAGUGGUGCCCGCCUUUGCCCAACCUUCUUUGGGUCAGCACACGAUGUCCUUCCUCACUGUGCCAUCUAUUGAGCCCCAGCGCCUCCGAAGUGUCAGCAUGGGGUCAGAGCUGACUGGGACUUAAGUGCACCACACUUCCAUGUCAUAUGAACUUUGUUACUGUCAUGCUGGAUUCAGUGCAUCUAAGUCAGUGUUUUUCAACCACUGUGCCGUGAGAUAUUAUCUAAUUCCACCUAUUUGGGUUAAAAAUAUUUUUUGCAAACCAGUAAUUAUAAUCUGCAAAUGAUGUGUUGUUGUUAAGUGUCGGUGCUGUCUAGAGCUCGGCAGAGUAACCGUGUAAUACUCUUCCAUAUCAGUAGGUGGCAGCCGGUAGCUAAUUGCUUUGUAGAUGUCGGAAACAGCGGGAGGCAGUGUGCAGGUAAAAAAGUGUCUAAUGCUUAAACCAAAAAUAAACAAAAGGUGAGAGUCCCUAAGAAAAGGCAUUGAAGCUAGGUGAAGGCUAUGCAGAACGAAACUAAAACUGAACUGGCUACAAAGUAAACAAAAACAGAAUGCUGGACGACAGCAAAGACUUACUGUGGAGCAAAGAUGGCGUCCACAAUGUACAUCCGAACAUGACAUGACAAUCAACAAUGACACCACAAAGAAGGAUAAAAACAACUGAAAUAUUCUUGAUUGCUAAAACAAAGUAGAUGCGGGAAAUAUCGCUCAAAGGAAGACAUGAAACUGCUACAGGAAAAUACCAAAGACAGAAAAAAAGCC